CCAAUGAGAUAAAGGGCGUACCGACCAUGACGUAGAUUACCCGCUAAACAUCGAACUCUGCGGAGAAAAGCACGGGUAAUAUUACGCACCGAUACGGGGGGAAUCUGGGCUCACCUCCGCAUCUUUCCAUCUUCAAUUCUCCCGCGCGUCCUCUAAUAUCCGAUCGGCCAACAACAACAACAGUGUUGCUUCGUGCAGACGCCAUCCCGCCCGGAACAUGCAAGGCCUAUAAUAAAGGACUGGAAAUGCGGAUAUUACUUGUUCAUUAAGCGCCUGCAGCGAUGGACGCUCACGAACAGCAACCUCCGGUCUCCGAACCUCUACGGUCGACGACCCCGAUCCCUAUCGCGAAGCUCGCCCCGGAGCUCGAGAAUCUUUCGGACAGCUCUAUCCACGCCGUGGUGACCUUGUUAUGGCCCUACUCAUCAUCAACCCGUUCUCUCAGUCUCUUGCUCGCGGAGCCGGACUUUCGCCUUCGCCGCACGAAUGGACAGGUCAAGGUGGUCUUCCAUGGGCUGGUCGCGGAAGAAGUAGCCAAGUCGCACGUCGGAAUUGGCGAUACUGUCUACAUUAGGCUGGCGGGAUCGAGAUUUGUGGACAAUGGGGUGUCUAAUCAGACGCCAGGGAGAUGCAUCGCGUGGGACAUCAAUUAUGAUGAUGGCGUUUCCAUUGAGGUACUUUUUCGGACUCAGCAAGUAGUGAUCAGUUACAGUCCAGUGCUUACCAGUGUUAGAUCUGGCGUUCUUCUCAACUUCUCUCCACUGUGCAAGUAGACCGCCCAUCAUCUCCGCCGCCCACUAUCGACAAUGCGAUUGAAGAGGCACCAUCCACCCCUUCUCCCAACAGAUACCCUCGCCCAGACGGAACGAGUCAGAACGCUGGUCUACAAUCGUGGCA